AUGCUCCUGUGGAUGCACCCCCGUUGGAGCUUCUUCUCACAUGACCGACCGACCGACCGGGGCUAUAGCUUUUGGACUUUGCUCGUCGUUGCUUCUAGAGCGCAAAGACUUCCAUGCUUGCAACCCAAGGCACGCAGCGCACUCGGACGCUUUCGCUUUCACCGAGCAGGCCAGAGCUCAUACGUAGCAAAGCUGACACCUUCGCCUUCUAGAUCCCAGCGUAUCCGCCGCGGUCACCAUCGGCAGAUCACGAGCCCGCCCCCGUGGCCCGGACUGGAGGUGCAUACGCGUACGCGCGUCGUCGUCUCCAUACGCUCGCCAUCACGCGCACCGCCUUUCCUCCUCCCCGGCCUCCUCCUCAAGUACCAAAUCAGCCGUCGCGCUCUCCACCACCACAACCACUUCUCCAUCCUCCUCCUUGCACCGUCGCAUCAACCUCGUAGCCGAAUCGACGACGCGCGCGCCCACCCACUACUGCUUCGCUCGGCCUCUCGCGCCAUGCUGCAGGCGGGCUCGGAGCGGGCGGCCCCGCUCCCGGGCGCGGCGAGGCUGUGGGUGCCGGGGAUGAGCCCCGUGGCGGCGGACGGGGCGUCGGCCAGGGCGCGGGAGAUCGCGCGGAGGCGGGAGGAGAUGCUCGGCAUGCUGCGCGACCUCCCCGAGGCCGAGUACGAGCUCUCCCUCACCGACCUCGUCGACAAGACCGCCGCGGCCGGGGCCAACGGCUGUGUGGGCGUGGCGCCGCUACCGGCCGAGAGGAAGGAGGCGAGCCCGAGCCCGAGCCCCUUGGGUCUGGCCGAGCGGUCCGCGUCCAGCGGGCAGGCCGAGCCGCAGCAGCCGGCGAGGGCGACGGAGAAGCGGGGCUCCGCGAGGCGGCGCGGGGAUGGCGGCAGCGGGAGCGGCCUCCGCAGCAGCAGCGACGGCGUCCUGCUCAACUUCUACAUGCCGCGCUCCUUCACGCGCAGCUUCACCGCGCCGCGCCCCGCCCGCACGCCCUCCUUCUCCAACUCCGGCCGGGCCGCCAGCGCCGUCGCCCCCGACGACUGCAACAAGAGGGAGAGAGACGGCGACACGGUCAGGUGUUGGCCGCUGCCGUGGGACCGGCGGUGGCGCAAGUCGAGCCGGCAGCGGCAAGACCCGGCCUCCGCAACGUCCGGCGAGCUGUCGGCGAUGCUGGCGGCGGCGGACCACUCUGCUCCCGCGGACAAAGUCUGA